AUGGCGCCAAACCAGACCACAUCUCUUCUCUCGGACGACGAUUCGAACCACGACACCCGCCGCAAUGCCAGAACGCACCCGGGCACCAACCCAUUCAUCUUCACAGCACUUAUUGCCCUCAGCUGCGUCGGCCUUUCCGCCGCCUCUGCUUUCGGCUUCCUCUACUUCUCCUCUUCCUCUUCUCCCACGGCCCAGAAACUGUCUUCCCUUGAACGAACCAGCCGGCCCAAGCCGAAACUCCCCCGCCCGGUCGUGAUCAUGAUCUCCGCUGAUGGGUUCCGGUUCGGGUACCAGUUCAAGACGGCAACCCCGAGCAUCGACCGGCUCAUGGCCGAGGGAACGUCGGCCGACCGGGGUUUGAUCCCGGUCUACCCGACCCUCACUUUCCCCAACCAUUACUCCAUCGUCACGGGGCUCUACCCUGCUUACCACGGCAUCAUAAACAACUACUUCGUCGACCCGGCCACCGGCGACGAGUUCACUCUGGCGAGCCACGACCCCAAGUUCUGGCUCGGAGAGCCGCUGUGGGAGACGGUGGCCAACCACGGCUUGCCGGCUGCUGCGUAUUACUGGGCUGGAGCUGAAGUGGUGAAAGGGAGCUGGACUUGUCCUCCCGAAUUCUGCCCCAAGUAUAACAGCUCGGUGCCAUUGGAGGAGCGAAUUGAUACUUUGCUGAGCAACUUCGAUUUGCCGCUGGAUGAAAUCCCUGUUCUCAUGAAUCUCUACAUUGAAUCCCCCGACGCGCAAGGUCACCAGGUUGGGCCGGACGAUCCACAAAUAACCGCAGCCGUGGGCCGAGUGGACUCGCUACUGGGCAGACUAAUCACCGGGCUGGAACAAAGGGCCCUAUUGGACGAAGUAACGGUGAUCUUCGUAGGCGACCACGGCAUGGUCGGCACGUGCGACAAGAAGUACCUCUACAUCGAGGAUUUCGCCGAAUGGAUCGACAUCCCGGAAGAAUGGAUCAUGUACCACACUCCGGUGCUCUCCAUCCGCCCUCCGUCCGGCGUCGACGCCGCCGAGGUGGUGUCCAAGAUGACGGAGGCGCUGGAGUCGGGGAAGCUGAACAACGGCGGCAGCUUGAAGGUGUACCUGAAGGAGAACCUCCCGGCGAGGCUGCACUACUCCGACAGCGACAGGAUCACGCCCAUCAUCGGGAUCGUGGCGGAGGGUUACACGGUGGAGCAGCGGCGCGUGGCCGGGGAGGAGAUGUGUUGGGGUUCCCAUGGGUAUGAUAACGCGGCGUUUUCGAUGAGGACGAUUUUUGUCGGGAGAGGGCCGAAGUUCGGGCAGGGAGUGGUGGUGCCUUCGUUUGAGAAUGUGGAGCUUUAUAAUGUGGUGACUUCGAUUCUGGGGAUUUCCGGGGCUCCGAAUAAUGGGACUUCGGGUUUUGUCAACACUGUUCUGCGGAGAAGACAUUGA